UUUUUAAACCAUAUUUUUUUGAUGGACUUCCUUGAAUAGGAACACUAGAUUCUAGAACAAAAACAAACAUGACUGUAUGUAUUGUUUAAUAUGAUACCAAACGUUUAAAAUUGGAAAACAUAAGAAAACUUUUUGAAGUUAACAAUCAAUUAAUAAUGUCCAAAUUACAGUGGCAAAUCGCCCAAGAAACUCAACUUUUAUCAGAAGAGAGAUGGAUUAUAAAAGCGCUACAAUUAGUUAAAAGGGAAAGAAACUCCCUCCAGAUUGAAAGAUUGAGUUUAGAAAGUAUAAAAAUGCAGCGAACUCAAGGAUCACAAAAGCUUAACAAAUCCUCGACACAUGAGCCUUCCGCAUCAUUAAUUGACAUAAUGAAAAAUUAUAAAAAAUCAAACAGUGAGGAUAUGAUUGUAUGUGAGGAACACAUGACAACUACUUGUAAUGAAGAAAAACUUAAUUUAACAUGUUCAAAUUCAAUAUUUGGGCCAAUGUCUGAAGAGGAGGAUAUGGAAGAAGAGGAAGACCUUGAUUUCUUGAUAGAAAAUAUGAAUACAAUAAUAAAUACUGAACUAGAAAAAGCUGAUGAAACAAUACUGGGAUGAAUGAUUUUUAACCAUGAAUUAAGAAAUAUUCAUAAUAAAGUGAAAGGAAGAUGUAUAGGAAGAAGUAUAAACAGUGUGCAUCAACACAUGUAUAUAAGCUUAAAGAUAUGUUUGCAAUAUAGGUGGUAUAUAAUGUUAAAUUAGAAUGAAGAAAUAAAACGAAAAUUUCACAUA